CUGUGAGUGAGAAUGAGAGCAACAGCAGAAAACUUCUCACAGCUCUGUGGAUUCCAUACUUGAAGAGGCACUGUGUUACAGACAUUUCUGGAGGGUCAGCAGUAAACAGUCAUGUACAAGCUCUAGAAAGAAACUAAAUCAGUAAAAAAAAGAAUAGCGAAGAAGAAGAAGAAUUUUAAAGGACCUCAAGAAUCCCAACAUAGGAAGCUGAUAUGGCCUGGCAAACAACCGUUUCUGGCCUUCUCGUGGUCGUGGCAAUCAGCUCUUCAGGACUCUCCUUGGUCACGGCUUUAACUGUGACCAUCCCCGAAGAGGUCUACGAGUUUGCCCGUGGAGACAAUAUCACUCUGCCAUGUUCAUUCACAUCCAAAGUGGCUGAUCCCAAACCAAUUGUAACAUGGACUGUGGAACGUGACCAAGGCAAAGAGGUUACCAUACUAACAUACGACAGUUCAAUCAAGCAGCUGGACAUCAAGAGUGUGUAUGAAGGUCGGGUUUCACUAGAUCAUAACAUUCCCGGGAGAAGUGUUAACCUAAAGCUGAACAAUAUAGCGCUUGCGGACAACAAACAAUAUGAGUGUAAGAUCCAAGUCCCUGGAGAUGAUGAGGGUAAACUGACUGACACUGCCAGACUGGUGGUGCUAGUGGCUCCAUCUCCACCCAUUUGUGCGGUUGAGGGGACGGAGGAGUACGGCCAGGAUAUCAAACUCACCUGCAAAUCAGAGGAGGGCUCCCCGACACCCACAUUCAAGUGGCAAAGCCAUGACGUCAGAAACACACCCAGGCCUCUCCCCCCUAAAGCUACCGACGUGGCCGGAGUUUUGUCCCUCUUUAACAUCACCUCCGAGACAUCUGGCUACUACGUUUGCACGUCCUCCAAUAAGAUCCAAUCGGCCACCUGCAACAUGACGCUCUCGGUCAUGCCACAGGCAUCAAUGAACCUGUUUGACCCCAAACUCUGCUACAUCCUGGACGGCUUCCUGAUGUUCUACGGCGUGAUGAUCACGGCCCUCUUGGUUAAAGAGAGGUGUGGCAGACCAAAGGCCGCCCAAGGUUCGGAGAAAGCACUCUCAGGAGGUGGACGUGGAGAUCUGGAGGCUGGCUCUAACCGCGGGCGUAGACAAGAAGAUGACACAUACUCGAGCUUGCAAAAAACAACAGACGAUACUUACAGAGAGAUCACAACGAAGAGAGAUCGUCGUCGCAAGGACGACCAGGUCUACCAGGACUUGAAAACGAGCAACAAAGACACAUAUGACAGACUGCAUGCCAAGCCUCGCCAGCCUCGCUAGAUGACCAGCUCAACUAAUAUGAGCGGAUAUGAGUUUCUAUUGUCCCCCUUGAUUCAAUAUACAAAACCAAUGACUCUCAUCCACCGAUGAUGUAAUUUGCCCUUCACUUACAGUAAAUACUCAUGAAAUUAGUGAUUAGUUCACAUAUGAAACUCUUAUUCUAAAUUUUAAACAGAAACAAAUGGACAAAAUGGCUAGUUAUAGAGUAGCAUCAGUACCAACAGUGCUAAUUAGCUUAUCACAAACAAGCUAUCUAAAUCUUGUGACCGUCACUGGCAAACCAUUUAAUUUCUGUUUUGAGUAUGUUGAAAAGUUAUACCUACAUGCUACUUUGGAUUGAGGCAGUGAUAUGGGUUUGAUGCCUUGACAAGAGCUAUGUGGGACUCAUUUUGACAGUUCCUGAGAAGCCAAGAGACAAAGCUUUACUAAUUUAUUUGGAACUAUGAUAACAACAUUAUGAACUAUCUCAUGUACAUACAUAUACAGUACAAUUAGCAUACGACUGCCUCUCAUAUACAUGCACAUAUAGCCUAAUGGACCAUUGUUUAAAUGGUCAUUCACAUUUACACUUAAAAUGCUUAAUUACUUAGGUUUGCUUAAUGCUUAUUACUUGGGUCAGUUGCAGUACAAAAAAAAGCAAAAGGUUGCUGUCAAAGUAGUCAUUAUGGAUGAAAGAGCUGACCUUAAAAUCUUGUCCCUGAGUUGACUAACUCUGCAGAUGAACAUGUACAUUUCGGAUCAUAAAGCCUCUACUGGGCUGUAAAACGUAGUACCAAUGCUGCAAUGACUUGGGAACUGCCGAUAACGUUUCAUGAUGCCAUUAGACCAGCAGAUUAAUAUUUUCUUGUGCCAGCUGAUGUUUUUGUCACAUGCAUGUGCCUGAUAAAAGGCUAUCUUAUAGCUUCACUGCUGAUAUACACACUAAAUGUAACCUGCUUAGAAUAAAUGAUAAAGUGUUAUCUGUUUGGAUAGCUAGCUAGCAUGACUUCAUCAGCACAUAGAGUGGCCUAUUAUACAUCUUCUGCGGUUAUGUGUUGCAGCUUUCUCAAUGUCUGUUUUGUACAUUCACACUAUUGGUGAUGGAAUAGCUUCAUCGAGGUAGACGUGAGUCCGUAGGCGAAGUCAAGGAGUGGCAUGUAAAUUGAAUGUCUAGUCGACACGAGCACAAGGAACAGGUUUAGUAGCUGUGGGAAGUGCCUGAGUCACAUGACAUAUUUAGGGUUUAGUAAAGGGUUAAACUCCCUGCUAACCUCUUUGGGGAGUCAGUCACUAUUGUGCCAACAUGUACAGUAUCCACUCUUAGGUGUUUUUCACUCCAUGCAAUAAAGGGACACAAUGCAGGCUUCACCCUUUUUGUGUGGUAGUACUUGAUUACUUAACUUGAUUUUAUAAUGUCAGAUUAAAGUUCUUACUGUACUGUAUAGUUUGCUGUCCACUUCACAACAUUUGGUUCUCUGCUUUCCACAUGCCACACCUAGCUUACACAGUAGGCAGCUUUGCCAUGACCAAGUAUAUUGCUGAAAUAUGUGACUGAAUAACUAGUCAGUUGUGCUAUUGUAGGUUACUGUCAUGUAAACAUGUACUGUCAUGUAAACCCUGCACAAGCAUGAUAUCUUAAGGCUUUUGUUUGUUGUGAAUAAUUGUAUACCUUUGGUUGUGUAUCUAAAUAUGUUGUUGCUGUUGGUCCUUUGUUCUUACCCUAAUUGAACCCUUAGACUAAUAAAACUUAACUAAAGCUUCA